AUGUCAACAGCAAUUUCAGUCGCUCCCUAUCGCCAAGUUCGUGCCUAUUACAAUGACACCACUGUAACAGUGUACCAAGCCUACAAAGAAUCCAUUGCUAAAGCUGCUGUAGAUACGCAGAAGCUCAAUGCAUCCCCAGAUUUCAAAUCAGGUCGAAUGACAUGGAUCAAGCCCAGUUGGGCAUGGAUGAUGUACCGCUCCGGAUACUCUUACAAAGACCCUGGCCAAUCCCGCAUCUUGGCUUUGCGAAUGAAACACGAGCACUUCAUCACCCUCCUUGAGCGAGGUGUGCUAUCAAGCCACGCUCAUAAGCUCAGCCCUGGCGAGAAGCGUGAAAAGACGGUUGAUGUGAGGAUUCAGUGGGAUCCUGAGAGGACAGCGAAGCUAGAGGUACUGCCAUAUAGGAGUAUUCAAAUUGGCAUUCCAGGAGCCUUAAGUGAGCAGUGGGCGAAUGAAUGGAUUGUUGAGAUUGAGGAUGUCACGGAUAAGGCACGUGAGCUGAAGAGGGCGAUCGAUGAGCGGCCAGGCAUCACCGACGAAGAACUGCUGGGUAUGGAUCUGAUAUUCAAGGAGAGGCCGUUCGAGGUGCCAGAAGCAGUUCAUAACAAGCUGGAAAUGACAGAUGUUCCUGUAUAG